UCAUCGGCGCUUGCAUCGACGAACAUAAAUCGCUCGUCUUGUCCGAAGAAAUCGACCGCGUCUCUCUCUCUCUCUCUAGAAGUUUCUCUCUCUUCCUCUCCAUCUCCUUUGUUGUUUCGAUUUAAGAAAAUCAGGGUGAUAAGGAGGAGGAAGAGGAACGAGGUUUUCCGGAGAGAGAGAGAAGAAAAUGGCGGAUCAGCUCACCGACGACCAGAUCUCCGAGUUCAAGGAGGCCUUCAGCUUGUUCGACAAGGACGGCGAUGGUUGUAUCACCACCAAAGAGCUUGGAACUGUCAUGAGGUCGCUGGGGCAGAAUCCUACUGAGGCAGAGCUUCAGGACAUGAUCAAUGAGGUAGAUGCUGAUGGGAACGGGACUAUUGACUUCCCGGAGUUCCUAAACCUGAUGGCUAGGAAGAUGAAAGACACUGACUCCGAAGAAGAGCUGAAAGAGGCAUUCAGAGUUUUCGACAAGGAUCAGAACGGGUUCAUAUCUGCUGCCGAGCUCCGCCAUGUGAUGACCAAUCUCGGGGAGAAGCUCACUGAUGAAGAGGUUGACGAGAUGAUUAGGGAGGCUGAUGUAGAUGGAGAUGGCCAGAUAAACUAUGAGGAGUUUGUGAAGGUGAUGAUGUGUGUAUCGGUUCUCUGCUUCAGUUGCGGUGAGAGUGCUUUCAUUUAAGGGAGGAGCCAAGUGCAACUAACAAAAUCAAUGGAGGUUGCGCAGGAGAAGGAGAAGAAGAUGAAGAUACUCUGCCUCCAUGGGUUCAGAACCAGUGGCAGCUUCUUGAAGAAGCAAAUCAGUAAAUGGGAUCCUUCCAUUUUCGCUCACUUCGACAUGGAUUUCCCCGACGGGUUAUUUCCUGCAGGAGGCAAAUCCGAUAUCGAAGGCAUCUUUCCACCACCCUACUUUGAAUGGUUCCAAUUUGAAAAGGAUUUCACGGAGUACACAAACUUGGAAGAAUGUGUCAAGUAUCUGUGCGAGUACAUUAUGAGCAAAGGCCCCUUCGAUGGUCUACUCGGAUUCUCUCAGGGUGCCACACUCUCGGCCCUUUUGCUGGGUUACCAAGCACAGGGGAAGGUAUUGAAGGAUCACCCACCACUGAAGUUCUUCAUAUCUAUAUCGGGUUCGAAGUUCAGGACUCCAGACAUAUGUGAUGUUGCCUACAAGGACCCAAUCAAGGCGAAGUCGGUCCAUUUCAUUGGAGACAAGGAUUGGCUGAAACUGCCGUCGCAGGAUCUGGCGACCGCAUUUGACAAUCCCCUAAUCAUCAGACAUCCCCAAGGCCACACCGUCCCAAGGCUAGAUGAGACCACCGUUGUGCAGAUGCGCGGUUGGACUGCUGAAAUACUCCUCCAAUACAGCAGCAGGAACCUCGAAGCAGGGAAGACCGACUCUGGCGACACUCUGAAGGUCCAGAAUGCAGCGGCAAAUGGGAAAGUUGACAAGGAGGUCGAGAUCGUGGAGGCAGCAAAAGCCUGAAGAACCUGGAAGGGAAAACAAGCCGGCCUUCCUCAUCCCUGUCCUGUGUGGAAGCCUAAGUCAGACACUGCUUUCUGAGGCUGUGUGAACUUGUGUGGUGAUGGUAAUUGGCAAUGUACCUCGUCCAUUAUGAUGGGAAUAAAUUUGCUCUUACAUACUAUUCACGUCAGAGUGUUUUCUGGCACCAA